CAUGUCAGGAAAACCCGGUGGGACAAAACUUGAUCAUCGUGAAAUCAUAACAUUGAUUCCUCACCUGAGCAUUGUGGAAGCAAAAUAUUGUUUCCCCUCAAAUAGAUCGUCUUUAGUGGAGUAUCCACGUGCUGGCUCGUUAAAACCUUGUCAAGAAAACCUGUGGGAAAAAAAACUUGAUCGAAGGAAAAAGUGUACACCUACUCCAAUCUCUUUCUAUCAUCAUGAGGAAUUUAAUCUGUUAUCCAGUAUUCUUCAUUAUACCAUGAAUAUGCCUCGUAAUAGAUUUCUUCAUCCGAUCAAAACCAUGUGUGUUCUUGGUGGUUCUAAACUGAUAAGCUUUUCUCAAAAUAUUGAUAUUGUAAGUCAUUUAGUAAGGGAUAUGGGGAAUCAAAAAAUCAAUUUAAUGAAUGAAGGGACUAGCAUCACUUUCUUUGAUAAUCUUUUAAUGGCUGAAAAAUGUUUUGAGAUAGAAGUGAAAAGUAUUAUUCCUUUUCAUAGGUAUUCAACAAGGGUUGUCAAAGAUUCCACAAGUUUGAUGCUAACUCAUUCUAUUUAUGAGUGUAUGAUUGAUAUGGUGAACAAUAGCGAUGAUGUUAUCAUUCUUCCAGGCGGUUAUGGUACUUUAAUGAAGAU